UGCUGUCCUGUAAAAAGAUUUAACUUAAAGUAAAAACAUUUUGACGGAUUUUAUAAAGGGAACUUGUUGGUCCAGUUCUUAAAGCGGCCGCUAGAGGAAGCACAGAUUCACUCGAAAGUAAGCGACGUCUCUUCUAGAAAUCAUUCCCUUCAAGAAAUGGUUGCAAACUGAGCCUGGACUCUUGGAAAUUCUCCGGCAGAUACAGUUGGACAUUUGAGGAAGUUUCACAUUAGUUUCAGAAUGGCUGACUACAACACCGAACCUCAAGCGCCUAGCAAACUCAGCCAAGUUCAGGAUCAAGUCAAUGAUGUUAAAGGCAUUCUCGAAGACAACCUCAAAAAAGUCCUGGAGAGAGGAGAUCGGUUAGAUGACCUGAUCGUCAUAACGGAUGACCUGCAGGUCACGGCUGACUCGUUUCAAAAGACAUCCACGCGUGUUGCCAGAAAGAUGUGGUGGAGAAACACCAAGAUGAUGAUUAUAAUUGGAGUGGUUGUGCUUGCCAUCAUCAUUUUAAUCAUCCUGCUAGCAACACAAGUCAUUCCCUCCUAAUACAACCCAGACAUCCUUUCAGUCGUUUGUAUUCACUAGAAUUAAUGACCUCUUUUACUUUGAAAAUAACUGGAUACAUUUAUGUAAAGAUAAAUUGCUAUUUUUGUUAUAUUGACAUUUCCUGUUAUAUUCUAUAUAAAUCUGGGGAGAAUAUGUGGGGUGUGUGAGUAUAUAUAUAUAUAUAUAUAUAUAUGCAGGUAACACUUUACAAUGUAUUGCACAACAUUCACAUACACAAACAAUGAACAAUAGAUUUAAUACAGUGUGUAUUCAUCUAUGUUAAUGUUAGUUAAUGAGAAUGCAGUUAUUCAUUGUUAGUUCAUUUUAAUUCACAAUGCAUUAUCUCAUGUUAAAAGGCACAACUUUAGGUUUUAAGAGCACAUCAGUAAAAGUUGAAAGAUGAAGAAUGAUAAAUGCUGUGGAAGUGUUGUUCAUUCUUAGUUCAUGUUAACUAAUCAACCUUAUUUUAAAGUGUUAAACAUAUGCAUUAUGUGUUUUUUCCUGGUUAGGGUGUUAUCCUUAUAUAAAGGGACAGAAAACAGCAUGAUUCAUUACAACUGAAAAAUGUUGCAGGAAUUAUUAUUUUUUGAUAUCGUUUCCUUUUGAGACUAUAAUCCCUGUG